UGUGGUGGUCCGAUAGUGAUUGCGCGUAGUGUUAUUGUUUUGUGGAAAAUUUUGUGAAACCUAACUAAAUUCUAUACUCUUUCUCUAAAAAUCUACUGUAUUUUUCGCCUUUGAUCCCUAAACACUUCUUUAUUUCAUGGAACAUGUUAUACACCAGCGUGGUGUUUUCGGUUGAUAUGAGCCCGAGGGCGCAUCAAGCUGGCUGUGACGACGAAUGCCCACUGUAAAUUAAUUUGUAGUGGUUUUCGCGUAUUGGCCACAGCGAGGAGAAGGCGCCACGUGUGGGCCUGCGUACACCCGGGGGCGGGCGCUUUGCGCCGCCCCACAACUGCAUAAAUAUCGGCUCGAUGUCGGUUUAUUGACAUCCGGUAUAGCUGUAAAACACGAUGACGAUCUAAACCCCCGCAUCAUCGCUCCAGAUCCAACCGCCGGCAACUUAGAUGACGUCUUCACUCAUGGUCAAGGGCUCCCACUGAUCAAGGUGCUCUACAACAUGAGUGAAGAUGAGCCAUUGUCUGGCUUAAACGGAAGGCUGAGACCAAGACGGUCUACUGUCACCAGUCCUCAUGUUAACAAAGCAUUACGUAAAAACGAACCUAAGACUUCUUUGGAACGGCAGAAGCGAACAAGCACCCCGUCCAAAGCGUCGUCGACCAAACCAGAUGAUCUCGCUAACAAGUCUGAUACCGCUAAUACGCCUCAACUGUUGUGUCCCUACUGCGAUAGGAAAUUCGCAUCCAAACAGACGGUGUCCAAGCACGCCCGCCGCGUACACCUCUCCAAUCCCAAACAUGACUCUACAAUCGCCUGUCUCUUCUGUAACCAUGUCGAGUCUGAGCCUAACGAUAUCAUUCGCCACAUGGUUAACAGCCACCCCAAUCAAUACUUCGCCUGCUUAGAAUGUCAUACAAGAUUUUCCGCUACAUCAGACCUGGCAGAACACAAACUAAAUGUUUGUGAGAAACAAAAGUUACCCUAUCGUAGUAAGCUGCGACAAAAGGCUCCUUUUGGCGCAAAGAAAAGCCUCAAAGCACUUAACGUGGAUGAUAAACUCUUCCGAAGUGAAGGCAAAGAUUUUCCCGAAGGACCUCGUUUCAAUGGCGUAGUUAUAUCUUGCGAACUCAAACCUUCUCAAAUUAGCGAUGAAGCUGAUAUUGAAGACAAUAUAACAACGAACCUAAUAUUACCGCCCAGCAAGAAUUUAGGCGGUAAUUCCGCAAUUGAGAAAAAUGCUGUUAUUGUCCUUGAUGAUAUACAGUGGAAUAAGCGUAUGCCAACGAACUUUUCUUUCCACAAUACGGAUGCUGAUCAGAUCCUCUCACGAUUGGGAGUGGUACACCGGUCACCGAGGACGGCUGAAUCUACCAAAAAGGACUGGCUUAAGAACGCUGAAGAGGCUACUCAAAAAUUCGAGAAAUGCUUUGACACCGGCUUUUAUUCCAAAGUGGCUAGUAAUGUCCAUGAGAAUUUGUCCAAAUUUUUGGAUGGAUCUUUUAAUUUCAACCCUGAUCCAGACAGUGUCAUCAAAACAAGGAAAUCUAAAAACAGCGUUGUUAUAAAUGCCGCUGAAGGGUUUCCCAUUCUCUUGGCAUAUGAACAGUAUUCUAGGAAUGUGUUCGAUGAGUUCAUGCCCCGGACCCUGGCGCCAAGGCACAAGUGGAAAUGGGGAAACGAAAGAGCUCUUUUGAACCCUGAUGAUAUAAAACAUGAUACUCAUGUUAAUAACUGCAUCAUCACCUUGGUAUCUAGUCUAGACAUUUGGACUCAGUUAUGUAUGAGGCGUAAGUUCGAGAAAAAGUUCAGUAUUGCUCCAUUGGAGAAGAAGACUGAAAAACAGAAUGCAGUAAGCAACGAACUAAAGCAAAUACUGGAGAGUAGAGAGUUACCUUCAACCUCACAGCAAGUUGUGAAGUAUAUCAAUAAACCAUCGCCAUUAGAAGACAACCUUGAUUUCCCCGCUUCCCUCGGGCUGACGCCGUCGCCUCCGUCGUUCGAUCUCCAACCAGCAGUUCUGAGCGGCGAGUGGGUGCGGCCCAGAUGCUACGUCUGCUGCGCCUGUGGCGCCCAGACUCGCGAUUCACGAGGUCUCUCCUCGCACAUAUCAGCCCAACAUCCCAAUGCCCAAGUACAACACUAUGAAAUCGUCGGGGAACUGUUGUUAAACGCGGAUAUUUUGAAGCACUUAUAUGUCCCUCCUAGUCAGAUGAGUAACAGGACAAGACCUCUUAGAGGGUUCAGAGAGUGCACCAAGUGCAAAAAAUCCGUUAGUCUGGAAGACUUCCAUCAACACAUGCUGGACUGUGCCGGCGACGCGCCGGCCGUGCGUCGAAAGUGCCGCUACCGUCCGUUUGGGGUUCGUCGGCGACGAUCACGGCUGCCCGAUAACACUAUCCGGAAGAAGAUCCGCAAAGACAUUAGAAGCCGGCAAACAAGACAGAAAACUCACAUGAGACAAAGACCAAAAAUCAGGAGCGAAGUGGGAGAUGCUGAAACCAUUCGCAAGAUGUUAGCUGAUCUUCCCGCUAAACGUCAUCGGGUGAUGGUUAAUCCAAUGAACUCAAUUUUGAGGCCUCGCCGCAAAAUUGAUAAACAAAGAAAUACAAUUAUUAUGAAAAGGCGAUCAUCAGAAAUACUGAAAAAUCGAAAACGUGAGCUCAGGAGAAAUACUAUGAAUCGGGGUGGAUCAAACAAUUUGGACAAUGAUGAUAAUGACGCUAAAAACUCUAACAAAAGUGACGACGAAAACCAACCUCUUAAGCCGAGGGGAAAACCGUUAAAGUUGACUCAUAGAACUAGACAGAGUGAGUCUUUGAAAAGGAAGGUGGCUAUGAAUAGAGCUAAAAGAAGAGCGCAGAUAAAAGAACAAAAAGCGUUUGAGGAAAAACUUGAAGCACCUACUGAUACUUUCGGAGCAGGCUCUAGUAAGCAAGCCAAUUCAAGAGGCUGUCAAGCUAGUUCAAGAGGCGGUCAAGCCAGUUCAAAAGGUAGUCAAGUGGACCAGCAGUCAAAUGACAACUCCCCAGAGCGCGUUGACGUCAGUACUGGACCUUAUAAUACUAGAGAACAAGCAAGUCGAGGUCGCGGUCGAUCAUCGAACAAUCGUGAUGACCAGAUACCUGGACCCAGUAGGCAAGAUGGCCACACGAAUAACCAUUAUUCCCCACCAGAGCAGAGACCGCUUAGACAUUCAACAUCUCAGAUUCCAAACGAAGAUAAGGAUAAUAAACAGGAUCAAGCUGUGCCAUAUAACCAUCAUUACUUGAUGCCACCUGAAUCUAGUGAAGUUCCAGAACAUGUGCACACACCUACAGGACAACAGCGUCAAUUUGAAAAUGAAGAAGGGGUUACCAAAUUAGAUAAACCACCUUUACAUUCCUCAACAGAUCCUGACCCGUCCCAAAAGGGAAAGAAUCUGAUCGCGAGCAAUAACAAACGGAAGGGCUUGAAUGAUUGUAUAGCAAUGCUUAUGCUUAAAAAUAAUUGUGUGAUUCCGAGUGUUCCGACAUCAGACGCGUUGGAAGUACCACCCGAUAAUAAUGAACGUGCAGAUAGUGAAUCGGGUUCGGUGUCCCAAAGGUCUCCAACACUUGAUUGUCCAAUGAACAUGCAUCAUGAUCCAAAUGCUAUUCCUCCAGAUAGUGGUUCGCCAGGUGGUGGAUCGCCAGGUGGUGAUUCGACAGGUGGUGGUUCGACCGGCGGUGGUUCGACAAAUGGUGAUUCGACAAAUGGUGGUUCGCCAGGUGGAGGUUCGCCAGAUGGUGGUUCGCCAGGUGGUAUUCCGCCAGGUGGUAAUCCGCCUGGUGGUAUCCCGCCCGGUGGUAUUCCGCCCGGCGGUAUUCCGCCAGGUGGUAUUCCGCCAGGUGGUAUUCCACCAGGUGGUAUUCCAAUAGGUGGUCUUCCACCAGGGAUGUUUUAUCGUCAUCCAUUUAUUCAAGACAGAUAUCUGGAUUAUCGCCCUGAAAAUAAUCUGCUUAACUUCGCUGAUCAGCGAUAUCAUUUCCCUAUACCCGGGGACCCCAGAAAUCUUAUACCUCAGAAGGCUUAUGAUAUGCCGAUGCCUCAUGAUGCUAGGCUUGACCCUCGUUUUGCUCACCCUACACCUAAAAAGAAGCCGAAUGAAGGAACGCAACGAACUACACGUGCAAGGAAUAGUCGUGCUGAAAAAGAGAUGAGAGAGAGGGAAUUGCUCUUACAGGCCUCUAUGAUGCACUAUCAAAUGAAUAUCCCGCCGCCUGCGAGAAUGACUAGCGCGCAAGCACGACGCGCCUCUACGCACAGCGUCGCCGAGAGUGCUAGCGCUUUGAUAAACCAGCGGCGGUCCAGUGGGUCCUAUAAUCAACCGAGUCCACAUUUUAACGAAUACCGGCCUGAGGCUAUGAAUAUGGUGCCACCUAUACGAUUAGAUUAUCACCCUUUACAACAACUUUCUCCCGAAGCUCAACAGCUGAUAGAGUACCAACAGAGGGAAGUUUACUUGAAGGCUAAACAAAGCAUACAAAACGCUUGUGCUGAACAAUACACUCAACAGCAAAUGGCUCUUCGUGUUGACACUGAUUACAUGAAUAAAAUAGCUACUGCCCUUAGUCCUGAGGCUAACAAUUUGAGGAAUCAGAACAACAAUCAAACAACAAGUCCUGGAAGCAAUUAUGUUAACAAGAAACAAGCCGCUGUUGGCUCAGACGGCACCUUUACAAGUAGACACAAGCAAGCUGUAUCUCCUGUGGAUGCCAUUGCCACGAAAAAACAUGUCUCAAAUGACAACGAAAAUGAUUAUUACAGUAAAAAUCCCCGUGCUUCUAAAGCUGAAAUUGCCUAUAAUCAUCAACGUGACUCGUAUGUAUCACAUGAAAAUGACUUAAGUGGGAAGGUUCCGGCGACCCCAUACUACGUCGAAGGAACUUACAAAAAUAAAAAAGCUCAAGCGGUAGCAGCAGAGAACAAAUCCAUGACAAAAUCUCACACCGUUGUUUCCCACGAGAGCUUAAACAAUAAGACGGUUUCACCAAGAGCAGAAAAUAGUUAUAUUAGACCACAUGCUGUAACUCACACGGAAAGCAAUUUUGCUAAUACUUUGGUACAAAGUGUCAGUGAUGUGAAUUUCGUCAACAAAAGUGUCCCUACUGAAUCUAAUGUUACUCCCAAAACAUCACCUGUUCAAGUUCGUGAAGGCCAGUUCAUCACCAAAAAGCAAGCUGCAGUCAGUGAAAGUAACAACAAAAAGCAGUUAGCUCUCACGGAGAAACACAAGAAAGUAGCAGAAAACACGGUUAAUAAGGACAAGCAAUCUGACAAUGUCUUUGUUAGUAAAAAACAAGCAGCAGUUUCUGAUAAUAAUAGCGCUAAACAAUUCGCCACAGCCUUAGAGAGCCGUAUGGCUAAUACCGACAUUAAAACAUUCCCUGCAGUCUCAGAGAGUGGCGUUGCCAAUAAAGACACUGAGAAAUUUGCAACAGCCUCAAAGAGCGGUGGUGUCUCUAAGGGCACUAAGAAAUACGCUGCAGUCUCAGAGAGCGUGGUUGCCAAUAAAGAAGCGUCUACUACCGACAGCAUUUAUGUGAAAAAUGCUCAAUCUAUUAAGGCAGAUCGCAAUUAUUAUAACAAGAAGAUGUCUAACGUUCGCGCCGAAAUCUAUCCAGAGAGUGCAUUUAAUAAUUUACCAAAUAACAUUCCACCGACAUAUACAAGUAUGGGUACUAAUUUUGGAACGAUUCCGAAUGAAAUUGAAACUCCCCUCGAUCUUUCCAAGAGUACGUGUAAUCAAAUUAAAGAAAUAUCGAUGAAGAAAGAUACUACACGUAUAUCUGACAAUUUCGAGAAUUACGAGACUUAUAAUGAAAUCAGCCGAAAUAAUAACAUGGUUGAGUCGAGGCGAACUCAACUCUACUCUCCAACUAUACCUAGGCUCGAUAUGAGUUCUGAGUUGUCAAGCGCUGAUGAUAGAGACUUCAAUAAACUGAUGGAGCGUCAAGCCCCCGAUGCCCUUAAGCAUUACAUGUUGAAAAAUAGUUCAAAUAACAACUCAUACGAAUAUGACCCUCGUAAUAAUGAAUUUGAACAAGAAUUGCUUCAAAAUAUACAUAAACCACACCAUAUAGAUCGGGGCUACCCCGCGGAUAUGUCUGGACGAUUCAGAGAUGCCUCAUUAGCUACAACGAAUACUAAUAACUUCGUUCAACCCGUGGAGCAUUUGAAGUCGGUAGACAUAUCUGUAGAAAAACAAUCGAAAGACAACUACUUGUCAUCGGAACAAGACUCACUAAAAAUAACCGCACGUGAUAAAGAAAAGAACAAACCACGAAGAAGGGAAUCUGCCUCAGUAGGCGAUAGUUGCACCCCCGUUACAAAAAGUUUUAUUGAUACUGGUGCACAACAAACAUUGUAUAGUCUGCCUAUUUCGUUGACUACUACAAGUGUCGACACUACAAUUGUAACGGGAAAAAUAAGAACUUCUGAUAUAGAUGAAAGUGGUAACGUGAUUUUUAAGAAGAACCUUAUGGCUAAUACAGUUUAUGGCACCCCUUCGGCUGUUUCGACAAGUGUAACGGGUGUCACUUCGCCUAUCCCCUUAUUUACGCUAUCAAAUACAGUCGCUAAAUACGAAAUUACUAAACCAGUGUACACGCUAGCAAAUGCGUGUAUAUCAAUGACUAAAGUAGAAGAUUCAAGUGUAGCCUCUGCAUCAAACAAUUUGAGCGUCCCAAACACGACAAUUGCAAAUGCUGUCAACGCUGCAACCCAAUAUGGACCAGUUCAUAACAUAUCAUCUCACGAUGGAUUUUUCACAAAUGCAAAUACUACUUGUAAUACUGAUAUUACCACUAAUUCAAACAUGAGCCGGUACGAUACGAUGGUACCGACUACAAAAGAUUCUGAUGAAAAACAAUCCAAAGAAAAAACUGCCGGUAUUAGUGAUUUAGAUCCAGAAACAGCGAAGAAGAUUGCAAUGCUCCCCAAAGAACUUGUGGAAAUCUUGGGCACGAUGCCGGUGGACCACAGAAACCAGUUGUUGAAUGUUCUUCCUCAGUACGUAUCUACAUCAGCAGCUCCUAAAAAUGACCAGUUGAAUAAACCAGGAGCUAGUAAUGUUUCGGUUGUGAACAGGGGUGUGUCUCCUCCGAGAAUGUCAGAUUUUGAUGUGAAGCCACCUAUAAGAUACUCACCAGUAUCAUCAUCACAGUUGACUCACCAUUUAUCGCUCGCGCAACCAAUACCUUCAGGAUCACAUUAUCAACCUAGCGACAAAUCCGUACAUCCAGACGCAGAAGACAGCAAAUAUGAGGAUCCCUUGCCUGACUUGAGUGAGGUAGACGCCUUUAUUGAUUUAACAGAAGAAGAUCCAAGAAAAAGCGAAAUAAAAAGAGUAAUAGAAGAGCAAAAUAAUUGUGAAAUAAUCCCCACCAACAACGAGCCAGUGAUUAUUGCAUCAAGUUCCAAAGAAAAUAAACAAAAGGCCAAUGAUCAAACAGCUAUCCUGAGAGCAUUUCGUAUUAAAACGGCUUUGGAAAGAAAUAAAUUGUUGUCCAUUGACAUUAAUACGGGAUCAAACACAUCUGGCAUUGAACAGCAAAUUAUUCUAAAUGUCCAGUGCAAACCAGAUCUGGAUGCUGAUUUUGAUAUUUUAUCGGACUUAGACAAAACUUUGGCGAUUCAACAGGCUGAAAUAAGUAGCACUCAACACAAUACGAUAGCUGGGCGUUGCAAAUAUCCACCUGCAAUAUCACCUAGUAGUACAGAGUAUAGUGGAGAUGAAUCGAAUAAAAAUUUAACUCGACCAUCACCUAUAUUAGUAACCGAGGUGGUUGCGAAAGAUGUUGAAGCACCUACACCAAAAAGGGGGAAAGUAACGUCUUCUAUUUCAAAGAAUGCGAUAGUUAGUCCCAACGUAGAAAAUAACUUGCAAAAUAUUGUUGAUGCUGGUACUCAGGCCUCACCAAAGUCUUGUGAUAUUGAAAAUAAUGAUUCCAUUUUGAUCUCAAAGAGUACGGAGUCUGACAAGCUUAGUUGUGAAGAGAUUGAUCUUGAAGUUACAAUAAAACACAACGAGACUUCAAUACGACCAAAAGAACCCAAAGACGAAGAUGAUUCAGAGGAUGAUAUUUCUCUGGCUGCCAUGAUAAAACGAAAACAAAGCGACCAAGAAAAACUUGGUGACACGUGUGAGGUUAUUGCACAAAACAUAAAAACAACCCAGCGAUCACACAAGAAAAAGAAUAAGCAGAAGAAAAGCCAAAAAAGUUGCAAGAAAUUUGCAAAAAAUGAGUCACUGAAUGAUGUUUCAUUGAGUAUCCCACAGGUAAAUGAUGUUAAUGUCGUGCAAAGUGAUAGUAGUAACAUGAAUAAGGUUGAUGCAACAACUAACGAGGAAGAACUUAAUCAAUCUUUAUUAAAACGAGUUAAAAGGACCCCGCGCUCUAUAUCAACAUCAGAUACUGUAAAUACCCAAACGGAAACAGUGCAGACUAUUGAAAAUGAUCAAGAUAUUAACAAAGAAAAUAAUAUGGCAUCCACGUUAAUCAAUAACAACAAAACUACCGCUCAGAAUUAUGUGCCAGUAGACAUUAAAGCUCACACAAUCAAGGAAUCUUCACCAUGUAGCCUAGAUGUAGCUGACCACGAAGAUGCUGAAGGUGUUAAAAUCAAUUCUAAACUUACAGUAAACCAAGAAACUCUAACAGAAAAAACUGCUAUCGUCACUGCUAUAAAUCUCGGCGAUACUACUGCCAACAAUACCAGUAAAAAGCAAAGCAAAGCAAAAUCGAAGAAGCUAGAAUUUUAUGAACCUGAUGACAUUCCACAAAUUCAUAAAGAUGAUGUUGAUCAGACUGUAAAAGACACGCUUGAGUCAUCCAAAAUAGAUCAAGAUGUCACAUUAACUUCAGUGACGAUCGAUGAGUUGCAGUCUACAAGUGACCACGACAUAAAUUCGGCUGUUACCAACAAAGAGAAAAAACAUUCUCGGGCUAAGAAACAAAGACACGAAGAUGUAGAAAAUCUUGUCCGUGAAGGGAAUUUCUCUCAAAUAGUUUCCAAUGAUUUAGAUAUUAAAGAAAGUACCGAAACCCUAGCCCCGUUACGUCGAAGUAGGCGUGGGAAAUCUUUAUAUUUAGAGAGUACAUUGAUGGAAACUGAUUUGUGCGAACUUGCGCUUGAGUCAAAGACACCACUUACGAAAAAACAACUUAUAUUUUCGAAACUACGACAAGACGAUGAAGGAACCCCUAAACCAUCUGCUCAUUCUACACCAGAAACACAGAACAAUUGCGAAAUUGAAUCAGGAGAUCUAGUAACAGAGCAAACAGUUGACACUCCAAAAUUAAGUAACAUUGAUAACCUGUUUGAAACAUUUGAAGAAAGACCUAAAGGUACUAAACGUAAAAUCAGUACCCAGCUUACGAAGAAAUCAAAGAAAAAGAAAUCUAUUGAAGAAAGCGACAAAUUAAAAGAGGCGAAUAAUACAGAGAACUUAGAAAAUGUUGAUCAUAGUGCUGAAUAUCCGAUUUCAAUUAAAAUUGACUUUGAUAAAGAGAAAUUAGUAUCUUUCAAUGAUGUCAAUGAAGUUUCAAUCAAAGAAUCAAAUAAAGUCACUCCGGCCGUCGAUUCUCCAGUACUUAGUGAUUACCAAACCAACAGUGAUAAAAAUAGCGAGAAACGUAAAAUCAGUAGUCAAAUUUCAUUUGAUCUUAGCCAAAGUUCAGAACCAAAAAAAUGUAAAAUGUCCAAAGUUAACAAAAAACUUGACGUUGAUAUGGAUAACGAUGACCCGGCAGCUAACGUACAAGAAAUCACACAAGUACCCGAAACAAAAACUGCAUGUUAUAAUGUCCCAGUAAGACGUGCGCGAUCAAAAUCUGUUAUUGUGAAGUCCGCUAGUUCAGAACUAUAUGACCCAUAUGAUAUUGAUUUGGAAGAUAUGGCAGAACAAAACGAAAGUACCAAGCGUAAGCAAAAUACACCUAAAAAUGGCAAGAAAAAGAGUGCUAAUUCGGGUUUGGGUGAAAAUAAAGUUAAGAAAGGUGGUCGCAAAAAUAACCAAUCAUUUGACGUUCAACCUGAAAACCGCAAUGAUAAUGAAAUAGGCGAUUCGGACGAUUCUUCCAAAAGCGACGUACCAUUGCAAAAGUAUGUCAAGGAAAAAAGAGAUAAACAACCCGAAACGCUUAAAGAAAAUAAUACUCAAACUCCGAAAAACGACUUGAAAGAAAAUGAAGAGAAUAAAGACGUGCAAUCCAGCCUGCCCUCCGUCAAAACAAAUGAUGUUACCCAGACUGAAGCUGAACAAGAGCUACGAUCUGAACAAUUCAUGCAAAGUUUUGGCUUCUUUUCCGAGAAAAAGCCUAGAAAAUCUAAUUUAUUGGCCUCAAAGAAAAUUUCAGAGACCAUAAAUAUUACUAAUGAGAGCGACGAUAUGUAUUUCGGCUUCAAAGAACGAUCUACGAAACGCAACUCACAUACAGAUGUUAGAAAAUCCUCUGAGGGCGACUUAUCCAAAACGCAUCAAACUUCGACAUCCAAAAAGGUUACCAAGCGUGGUCGGAAGAAAAAGCCUUGCACAAGACCGACAAUUAUGCCAAAGUCAAUGACGUGUAAAAUGUGCAAAAAAGAAUUCCAACGGUGUGAUAACUACUUACGUCAUAUGCUUUGUUUGUACCACAUAUCAAAGCUCUCCUUAGCCGAAAUGAACAUCAUGAUACCCUUGGCUGAAGAAUCUGAUUAUAUCCUAGCAUUUAAAGUACAUUAUGAGGGUUUUUUGACAUUGAACUAUAGUAUGGAUAGUCUUCAAAAGAAGAAUGAAAAAGAAGCAGCGGAUAUCCCCUUACCCACAUGGGAGGGAAUAAGAGAUGAAGUCAACAAAACUAUCGCAGCUAUAAAAGCCCGCAAAGAGGCAUGUAAAGAAGAUGAAGACGAACUUAUGUUUCUUCAAUUCUGUAUACUUUUAAGGGAUGCACACAGAGGUCAGGGAUCUCCCUUAGAAGUUUAUGAGAACUCUCUAGAGAUAGAAGAAGCAAAGUUGCUAUUGGCUUCUGACAAUUUUGACAUCGAUUCUGCAACUGCAAAAAAUAUACUUGAAAGUGAAGAAGUACGUAAACUAGAAAAUGAUUUAACAUCCGCAUUCAAAGAAGACACCAGUGGGACUAUGGGACCUAAGAUAAUCCAAGAUAAAGUUUGUGACUUGACAAUGGUCCAAGAGGUGAUACCAAAUGAAGUCGUGCAAUUUAAUCCAGAGCUUCAAGAUCAAAUGGUUCAUACGGAGCAGACAGAACCAGCACAGGAGCUCAUAGACACUCGAGAAGAUCAGGAAGACAUGAACGAAUUGCACGCGCCUGGGUUUAAAGACACUGAAGAAAAAUUAUCCAGUCCGAUCAAUUCUGAUUGUCACUACAAUAAUAUCGAAGAAUUCGAAGUACCAGCUAAAACCAAAACGACGAAAGUGAAAAAGUACAUCGAAAUAAAAGAAAAAAUGUAUCCUGAUAUUAUUGAAGAUAUUGACAUGUUCGAAGAUAAAUUUGAUAAAAUCAAAAGAAAAUGUAGAUCUCAAGCUGCUGCAGCGAAACAACCACAACCUGUGAUAGAACCAGUAACUAGCUUCAAAGGAAGAAAGAAGCCAGAAAAGAAAAAAGGCAGAAGAAGUUCUAAAAAGGCAAGGUAUCAAAAUACGCAGGUGCCCACAAAAGGGGCUCUAAAAGGUUUUGAUGGUAUAAAAGUGUCUAUUCCAACUUCAGACAUUAAUAUGUCUGGAAUUGUGCCCGUCUCUGAAAGUUCACCUAAAAGGAAAAAGAAAUCAGGUUCUAAGAAGAGGAGAGACAAGAAGGAUUCUGAAUCUAGCAGUAAAUACGACAGUGACCAUCGGGCUAAAGACAACACAAGUCAUAAUAAAAAGGUGGAUGUCUAUGAAUUCAUGGACAACGAAGAUGCCGAGUUGUUUGAGUUCAGACCAUCUACUCUGAUGGAAAGGUUCAAAAGUAUUAGUAAUAACAACAAAGACACGCCAGUAGUUACAAAAUUCAAUACCGUUGCUGACGACGACAAUUCCAGUGAAAGUGGUUCUGAUGGUGAUGACUUUGUGUACAUGUCCGAUGACUACGUUUGCAGCGACGAUGAGACCGAGAACAGUUUGAUGUCUUGUGAAAUGAGCAAUGUGAAGAUUGGAACUGACGUCAAGAAGAUAUCCCCCCAGAAAAGAAAAGACGUGGUCGAGAAAAAUGCUGUCAUGGGCAAAAUAUUCAAACAUGCAGUCCGAACUGAGAAAAAGCCAGUUGCCAUCAAAGAACCUGCAAAGCCAAAGGCAAAUCUCGAUCAAUUAUUCGACAGUUUGUUAGAGGAAGAACCAAGCUCGUCCAUGCUGAAUAGCGACGCACUUUCUCCUAAGGGCGAGGAGCCGUCGACAUCAAAGUACGGUCAUUUAUCAAAAUAUGAUACGUCACCCGAAAAUCCGUAUACAUUGACUGACGAUAACUUCGUGUCUCCACAAGGAUCAUGUUCGUCCUCACCUAAUAAAACUGAUAUGAUGUCUUCAGCUACCCUAUCUAAACGUCGAACCUCUUCUCCUCUCAAAGAACACAUUUCCAAAAAACUUGACAUGUCUGAUAUUAAUUUAAGUCCCUCCACUUCCAAAAAAUAUGAUGAUUCCGUGAUCAAUUACGGACCAAGUACUUCCAAGAAAUAUGACAACCCUUCGCCGAACGAAUAUGAAGAAUUAUCACCGACGAGUUAUGAAUCUGAAUCCUCAAAGAGAUACGACGAGAGGGUGAAGCGUCACGAAACAAAAAAUAAAAAACGGAAUGACACUUCGGCAUCUAAACAUGAAGAUGAUUAUAAGGCUUAUGCGGACGUUUCAAUCUCACCUGCGAGUAAGCUCGACGAGGGAAUAAGCACAAGCUACGAUUAUAGCGCUGAACAGGAUAUAGACGAGGCGGGUGUGGCUAGACCUCGCCGCAAGUGCACAGUCGGAAAGCAAAACGUGCUGUAUGAGUUUUGGAGUUCCGAGUCCGAGCCGGACGGCGGGCCGCCGCGGCCUAGCAGCGCCGACUCGGUGAUGGUGGCGAAGGAAGGCAGGAAGAAGAGAGGCAAGAAGAAGGAGGGGCAGCACGCCGGCGCACGGCGCGGCAGCGGUCGCCAGGGCGCGGCCAAGAGGCAGGAGGGGGAGAGUAGAGGCGGCGGUCGUGCUACGGGCGCGCGCGAGCGGGAGGAGCACGCCGGCAGCGGCGACGAGGACCCGGGCGAGGGCCCGAGCGAGGCAGCAGGGCCCGCGGCGGGGCCCGCGGCGGGAGUGUCGGCCGUGCUGGGCGGGCCGGGCGCCCCCAGCGCGCCGGGCGGCUCGGGCGGGUCGGCGGUGCGGCCGCGCGCGCGCGCCGGCUCGUACUGGGCGCCGGGCGGCGACGAGCCCGACCACAUGCCGCAGCACGGCUGGAUCGUCGGCGACAGCCACAAGAAGCUGGUCACGAUGCUGGCGCACGCCAAGGGACGCAAGCGCAACAACGACGACAAACGCCAUUUGGACGAGUAA